AUGACGUCAUCUCCAUGUGAGGUGGUCUCUUUACGCUUUUCAUAUGCAUUUCUGUCACGGCGGGUGCCGAGAAGGCUGUCCACAUUGGCAUCAUCAUCACCACGGCCACCAUCACCACCAUCACCCAAAUGUCUAUGUGACGCCUGGAUACAUGACACCAGCUUAUCCGAUGGUUCAACCCGUCGUACAGCCCGUGAUUCAGCCUGUAGUUCAACCGGUCGUCGUUCACGACCAUCACGGGCAUCAUCAUCAUCAUCACCACAACCCGAUCGCGGAAAUCGUUCAUGCUGUCACUCAUCCCCAUCACCAUCACCAUCAUGGUCACCAUCACCAUCAUCAUUGUUGAUUGAGGAUUCGAGUCUCAAACUUGUUUAC